AUGCUGAAAUUGAUCAUCAAGAAGAAAAAUGGGCAAAUCCGCUUGUGCAGAGACUUCUCGACAGGACUGAACGAUGCGCUGCAGUUGUACAAGCACCCGUUGCCCACCGCGGAGGACGUGUUUACGAAGCUGAAUGGAGGACAGCUUCUCACGCAAAUCGACUUCGCAAAAGCAUAUCUGCAGGUGGAGGUUUCAGAAGAAUCGAAGGAAAUGCUGAAGAUUGAUACGCACAGAGGACUGUAUCGCUACAAUCGUCUAUCCUUCGGCGUGAAGCCACAACAGGAGCAUCGCCAUAACUUGGAAGCGCUAUUCGGAAGGAUCCACGAAUACGGCUUCCGCGUCCGAUUGGAAAAGUGUAACUUUUUGAUGGCUCAGAUCCGUUAUCUUGGAUACAUCAUAGAUAAGGACGGACGCCAUCCUGACCCAGAGAAGAUCGAGGUCAUCCGCCAGAUACCAGUACCGAAGAACGUGGCAGAGGUUCGCCCGUUCCUUCGUAUGAUCAACUACUAUGUCGCGGCAACCACUGCAACGUUGAGAGAACUCAGAAUGCUGUCCGCACGAUUCGGAAAUCCUAGGAGAUUCUGCGACAUGCAGGGAAUUGAGCACGUUCGCUCGCCGCCGUUCCAUCCACAGUCAAACGGUCAAGUAGAACGCGUUGUGGAUACCUCGAAAAGAACCCUUCAGAAGAUUAAGGAGGGAGGACAUGAGAAAUGGAUCCCUGCUCGUGUGAAGAAUCGCUAUGGACGAAGCCGUGUACGACGUGCUAACGGAAGAGGACAAUUUGUGGAAAAGAAACGCUAUCCAGGUGCGUGGAGAAAAGCACCGGAGACGAUCGCCCACGUCAAGGACAAUAGCAAGAAUCGACGACCAACUAUUGCACCGCCGACAACGACUAGAUCAGCUCGACAACGACGACCGCCUCGUCGAUUGCAACCCGAUCCGAAGAUGAAGACGUACGCGAUGCGUUCAUCUUAG